AUGGACCUGUAUGAUUAUGAUCCCGUGACUCACAUCAAUAAUAUCUUCGACACUCCGGAAGCUUUGAACCACUUGCCACAAGCUCUUUCUCACAUACAUCAAUACAAACUACAACUAAAUCGUGAAAUCGACACGUUGAAGUCACAAUAUGAUUCAAGUAUUGAAGUAGAUGACGACAUAAAACAACUAGUUAGUAAUAUUAAAGAUGUUAAAGAUAGUGCCGAUGCAACGAAAACUACAAUUGCAUCAAUGACGAGCUCAAUUCAAACAUUAGAUUCAUGUAAAAAGAAUCUUGUUUUAUCAAUGACGGUGUUUAAAAGAUUACAAAUGUUGGUUAAUGUAAACAACGGACUAAAGGAAAUUCUUUCAACGCAGAACUAUGAAGAAAUAUAUCAAAGAUUGGGAGUAAUGAAGGAAUUACUUCAAUUUUUCCAACCUUAUAAAUCGAUUGAUUUAAUUAAUGAAAUCAACUUAAUGACGAUAUACACCCAAAAUAAACUCGUUGAUGAUAUUUUUGUAGACUUUGAAGAGUUUUUGAAACGAGAUGGCCGCGGGGGUUCCAAAGUGGAACAGAACUUGCUUUACGGAGCAAGAACUUUGGAAAUGAUUGAUGAGAAAAACAAGACCAAAUUGUUGAAUUGGUUUCAUAAUUUACAACUACGAGAUUUAAAAAAUAUUUUCAGUCAAUCUGAUGAAGCAGGAUCAAUUGAGAAUCUAGGCAGGAGAUUCAUUUAUUUCAACAAGGUCUUAGAUCAAGUGAAGCAAUAUGCUAUAUUUCCUGAGGAUUGGAAUGUUACUAUGGAUAUCAUUGAUGAAUUUUGUAAAAUUACGAAACUGGAUUUGGCCAGUACUUUACAGAACAAAAAAAUUGAUUCAGCUACAUUACUUGACAAUUUAACCAAGACCAUUGAAUUUGAAAAAAAGUUGAAUGCUGAAUAUCCUCGAGAAAAUGAGUUUAAUAUAUCAUCAGUAUUUGAACCAUAUUUAUCUAUAUGGGUACAAGAACAAGACAAAAUGUUGAGUUCCAAGUUUGUUGAAUUUGCAGCUACUUCUCAAUUACCACCAGAAUUGGCUAAAGAUAUCACGGCCAACAUUCCAAACAUCGCCAUUACAUCAACUGAGCUAUUCAAGAUCUAUCAUAAGCUUUUAUCGCAGAUUCUCAAAUUAACCAAUGGUGAAAUCAUUGCCAGUUUAGCAAGGCUAUUCAACAAAUACUUGUUUGAAUAUCUUAAUCGAAUCUUGACACCAAUGCUUCCGCGAAAUGAUGAUGAUAUUGCUGGAGUAGAUGCAAUCAAGUAUCUUACGUUAUUAUUAAACACUGGUGACUAUAUGGUGGGAAACAUCGAUGAAUUGAAUGAGAAAUUGGAACUAGUCGUUUCCGACGAAUUGAAGGAUCGAUUGCCAACUUUAAACAGUGAUGUUUUUCUUCAACUUGUAAACAAGAGCAUCUCCGCUCUCCUAGUGAAGUUAACUAAUGAUUACAAACCAUGUUGGCGAGAAUUUUUCAACAUCAAUUGGCAAGAAUUGGAUUCAGUCAAUGAUGUAUCUUCGUACAUGAUUGACAUCAAAAAUAUUACCAUUGAUAAUUUGAAAUUGAUUUUACCAUUGAUUAUCCGUGAUAGUUAUGUGCGUAACUUCAAUGAUAAAUUGGUGGAAUUAUUAGUCACUACAUUAGCUAACAAUUUGAAAUUUAUUAAGCCAUUGACUACAACUGGAUUAGAGCAAUUGCUACUUGAUGUUAUAUCACUUAAGGAUAUAUGUUUGAAUUUCCCCCAUUUGGCUCAAAAGGAAAAGACUAAAUCAUAUACCAAGUUUGUCACAAAUCAUUUCCAUGAACUAGAAUCAAUUUUGAAGAUCUUGAUGGUUCCACAAAAUAUGCCGGUGGAGAAUUUCAUUGAAUCGUAUUUUGAACUUAUUGGAGGUAAAUCAAUUGCUAAUUUCACCAAGAUACUAAAUCUUGCCAAAAUUGAUAAAUCAAAGCAAUACAAGUAUAUCGAGAAUUAUAAACUACAAUUAUCAAUCGACAAUGAUGAUGACGGUGAUUCAAAUGCACUUACAACACAUCAAAACAAUCAAUUAUUGACCAAUUUGGAAGAUGAUUUAGAUAAUUUAUCAGCAUCAUCAACUCCCGUGAGUGCUACUCCAGGUCCAUUUUCAGCCAAUCGUAAUAAUAAUAACAACAACAAUAAUAAUACAAGCUCUGGCAAAUUAUCAUCGCCGGAUAUAAAAUCACCCAAAUUACUUCCUAGAAUGAAUCAGUUUGAAAAGAAUAUUAGAGAAUUGGCGUUAACGGGCGAGACUCAUGUGAGUAAAUUCAAUGAGAAUUUUAGAAGUAAUUUUGGCAAAUUAUUUAGAAAAGAAGAACGAUGA